AAUAGUUUUGAAGUGGGAUAUUCCGGGAAUCACUCGAAAGCAGCAUUAGGUCUGAUUGACGUGUGUGUCCUGGGGCAAACGUCACGAGUCCGAAAUCUUCCAUGGAGUAGUUAGUUAGUCCGGACAAGAAGAGUGGAAGUGACUUGAAUUUGGAGUACAUUGGGUUGCGUUCAUGUAGUCGUGUGGAUGUUGUUUUUAGAGCUACAGGCCGGUUAGUUGCACUCCGAGAAGCAAGCAGCAGGUGCAUGUGGAUGGCGAUAACACUCAAACUCCGCUCUCUCAACAAGGCUUCGACAUCGGCGGAUCGAUAAAAAAAAAAUCUUGAAGAAUCGGAUUCAAACGAGAACUUGGUUUUGGGGAAAGCGUAAAAAUGCGUUUUACUGCUUUCCCCUUUCGGGAAUAACAUGGUAAACCUAGGAAAAAGCUGCGUCUUGUCCCCGUCUCUUCGCACGCAAACAUGGAGAAAAGUUAAAAGUGAACGCUAACGCUUACUUACCUCAACUGUGACUUCGACAUUCAUGAUUGUUGUAAACUUUAGUAUAUUCUUUUGGCCUUUUUUGGAGGAAAACAACACGGUGGAUUAAUGGUGAGACUCUAGCACCGAUUUUCAGGAUAUCACCGGAGCAAAAGAGGCAAUGGAAAAGAAAAGCAAGCCGGUCGAUCGGACCCUCUCCCCGGAUGGUAGAGCCAAAGACCGAGUGGACAGCGUGGAUCCGUAUGGCUUUCAGCGCUCAAAGGCCUUUGACUACGAUUCAUAUGAGGAGCUCAUGUCUGAGUAUUUAGUUGUGCUCACCCGACGUACCAUCAAGUGGUCCAAAUUACUGAAGGGCAAAAGCAAGGUGCAGAAGAAUGUAAAACUAAAGCGUUAUGUACGUAAGGGGAUUCCCAAUGAGCACCGGGCUCUGAUCUGGAUGGCAGCCAGCGGGGCUCAAGACCAGCUAGAGAAAAACCCAGGAUACUUCCAGUCCCUGCUCGUAGCCCAGCACGACCAAAAACUGGUGGAGACCAUCUGCACAGACUUGAACAGAACAUUUCCAGACAACGUCCAGUUCCGCAAGACAUCCAACCCAUGUCUGCAGAAAGCUCUGUACAAUGUGCUGCUGGCUUAUGGCCACCACAACCAAGUUGUGGGCUACUGUCAGGGGAUGAACUUCAUAGCUGGGUAUCUACUUAUCAUCACAAAAGAUGAAGAGAAGUCCUUCUGGCUGAUGGAUGCACUACUUGGUAGAAUUUUACCAGACUACUACAGUCCAGCAAUGUUGGGUCUGAAGACGGACCAGGAGGUUUUAGGGGAACUGGUGAAAGUUAAAAUCCCCGGCGUCUGGCAGACCAUGAUGGAUCAUAAUGUCAUGUGGAGCCUGGUGGUCUCCCGAUGGUUCAUCUGUCUCUACAUAGACGUCUUGCCAGUAGAGACAGUUCUGCGGAUUUGGGAUUGUCUGUUCUACGAGGGCUCUAAAAUCCUGUUCCGAGUGGCUCUGACACUGAUCCACCACAACCAGGCUCUUGUUCAGAAGGCCCAGUCACUGCCGGACGUCUGCCAAAACUUCAAGCAGAUCACCCAUGGACCAUUUGUUGAUGACUGCCACACUUUCAUGCAGAAAAUCUUCACUGAACCAGGAAGUCUCUCCAUGGCAACCCUGACUAAGCUGCGGGAGACAUGUCGAUCUCGCAUCAUUGCGGAAGAAUACUGAACCAAACUCGACUACCUGUUGCUCAAAUUCAAUACACAUUCCACUGGGAUGAGCACCCGAUAGCUCGUUUGCACAUUCUUCUUUUUUUACUGACUUAAUGUCACGGUGACCCCUUGAAUUUUUGUCGUAUUUUCAGACGAUCAUACAGCCCAAGUGUAAUUAUAUGGUAAAAAUGAGAAAAUUCUUAGCAAUGUGUAUGUAUAAGCUGAUGAUUCCAUUUGAAAUUAACUUUGUUCUUUUGGUAAAUUAUGCACUUUACUCCAGAAAGUCAGAGACACUGUAGAAGAAAAAGCUUGGCAGCAAACGGUCAGGUCAGAUAAAUAACGUGUGGCACACACAGCCAAGAGGCCUACUGUAUUUCACAUUGAACGGUAAAUGAAAACUGACAAUCGAAUGCUGUUGUAAUCCAAUGACUUCUGCUGAUUUCAUGACAGAAACCUCUUUUUUCAAACUUUUCAAAAUCUGAUUCAUGUACCUAUUGUUUGUGUUAAGUGUGUGAGCAAAUGUAGUUCUUGACUUCUAACAGUUAAUUUGAAUGUACUAUGAUGAACUGAUAUGAAAGGAUAAUAGAAAGAGCUGCUCUCUUUUUCUAACAAAGGUGUAUCCAGUUUGUUAUGUUCAGUUAUAUUAUUGUAAACUAACACUAAAUUAAGCAGUAAAAAAAAAAACGGCAUUAAUUUCCAGGUACUCUCGUGACAU